CGCCGGGACCGGCGGCGCCGCGGGCAGUCCCGGGGCAGCCGGUCGGUGUGAGGGGCGGUGGGAGCGGGACGGGAGAGCGGCCGGUGACAGCGGAGCCCUGAGGAUGCGGGGCCGGAUCCCGGGAAUCUGCGGAGCCCUGAGGAUGCGGGGCCGGAUCCCGGGAAUCUGCGGAGCCCUGAGGAUGCGGGGCCGGAUCCCGGGAAUCUGCGGAGCCCUGAGGAUGCGGGGCCGGAUCCCGGCCCUGCUCGGCCUGGCCCUGGCCUUGGCAUCGCUGCUGCCCACGGCCGGAGCGCGCCGGAGCCAGGACCUGCACUGCGGAGCCUGCAGGGCGCUGGUGGACGAGCUGGAGUGGGAGAUCGCCCAGGUGGAUCCCAGAAAAACCAUCCAGAUGGGCUCGUUCCGCAUCAACCCCGACGGCAGCCAGUCGGUGGUGGAGGUGCCGUACGCUCGGUCCGAGGCGCACCUGACGGAGCUGCUGGAGCGCGUGUGCGAGAAGAUGAAGGAGUACGGCGAGAAGGCGGACCCGGCCACGCACCGCAAGAGCUACGUCCGCGUCAUCUCCCACGACGGCACCAAGAUGGACCUUUCCGGGGUCAAGUUCGACGGGGAUGUCACCUCCAGCCUGAAAUUCGCGUGCGAGAGCAUCGCUGAGGAGUACGAGGACGAGCUCAUCGAGUUUCUGUCGCACGAGGCUGAGAACGUCAAGGACCGGCUCUGCAGCAAGAGGACGGACCUGUGUGACCACGCGCUCCACAUCCCGCACGACGAGCUGUGACUGCCUCCGGAGCAGGGACCGGGACAGCGCCGGGACCCACCGGGAUGGCCCCGGGACCCACCGGGAUGGCCCCGGGACAGACGGAUCUGCCGGGACCUCCACGGCUCUGGAGCUGCUGCCUCGCCCCGUGCGGAGCUCCCGUCCUAUUUAUUCCCCGUCCGGGGCCACCGGGACGGCCACGGGGCCGGGGCCACGUCCUCGCUCCUGCCGGGACAUUUCAGGGACAUUCCUGCCCCGCUGCCGGGGGACACGGGGGACACACCGGGGCUCAGCCCCUGCGGGGUGGGGGUUUGGGGACCCCCCCUCCCUUUUGCAGGCAAUAAAGGGGCCGUGGGCCCACCCGAGGGCA